GUCAUGGAACAAUUUCGUAUCAUCUCGGAGCGGCGGAUAGCUAUUGAUGUGGAUAAGCGACAUCGCCGUAUCGGCUGUAUCUCGUGAGUCGUUACACGAGUAGGCAUAGCCGGACGCUGCUGCCUCCGCUAUGACCCUCUUACCUCUUUACCAUUUCUUCCUGCCAAGAACGACUACCGCGCCGUGCGUGAGGGACUUCACGCUGAGAGCGAGCGAGUGCGUAUUCCGAUGAGGAUUUCGAAGCGAUCAGUUGCAUUUGUUGGCCGGUAGUCAUCUAGCGCGAGAGAGCGUCUUCCGAGAAAGUUUAUCCGAGCACGCGUCAAGUUUCUCUUGAUAUCACGCUUCGUUGCAUCGGUCAUCGUUAAUUCUUCGCCGUCGCCGUCGUUAUCGUCCUCGUCGUCGUCGUCGUCGUCGUCGUCGUCGUCGGUUUUGUGAUCGAUUUAUCCUAUCAUUUGCCAAAGGCCCGCCUCCCGCGCGUCUGUUCUGCCCCCUUCCCGCGAAAAUCGUAACCGAUCCACCUGUUAGCCGUCAAUGAGAGCAGAAAGGGCCUUCUUAACUGUCGUUGAUUAAGAACGCGGGGGAUAUUUUAAAAGCUGCUUCGGGACGACUUCGUGGCCGACGCACUGUCUCAUCGCUUUCCCGUCGAAACUGUGACGUGUUUUUGAGAGACACUUCGGGUCACCUACAGGGUGGUGUGGAAGCACGUCUCGGCACACUUCGGGACGAGUGAUAUAUUUGCAUCUUUCAAGUCGUUAAGUCCGACAGGACAACAAAGUCAUAAAGGUAGAAAGAGAGAGAAAGAGUUAAAAUGGAAGACACGGAGGAUAUGAAGACAACAGUGGAGUUAUACAUUUAUGAUCUUACGAAGGGUAUGGCAGCAAUGAUGUCGCGACUACUUAUAGGUCGCCAAUUGGACGGAAUAUGGCACACGGCAAUAGUCGCAUAUGGAAGGGAAUAUUUCUUCGGUCCAGCUGGCAUACAGAGCAUCCGACCUUCAUGCAGGUGGUCCACAUGGCGUACUCGCUACUUUUCUCGGGCGCUUUCUUUCUUCCUCACUCGACGUAAGACGGAAAGGCUGUCGGGCGGCACGGAACUAAAAGAACCGCAAAAAAUCGAGAAGCUUGGCGAAACUUACCUACCAUAUUCAGUCUUCCUGGAAUAUAUAAACGGCCUGGGAACUUCUACAUUCGCACCGGGCACGUAUAAUCUCUUUAAGCACAACUGUAAUUACUUCACAGAGGAGCUCAGCAACUUUUUAGUAGGCAAGGGCAUUCCCAAAUAUAUUCUUGAUUUACCAGAAGAGAUAUUACAAACACCUGUUGGACAAGCUCUAGGUCCAUUGAUAGAAACAUUAAGCAGUAGCGCAAGUGCUGGAUUUACAGUCGGCCAGAGGUUCGUCGAAGCGAGGAUCCAAAGAGAAGCCUCACCAGAGUAUCAACUCCUGAACACAGCCAUUGAAGAAGCAAGAUUGAAUUCGAUUGCGUUAGAAGAACGUAGAAACGUCAUUAACGAGAAGUUAGCAAAAAAAGACCGGAAGAAAAAAAAGAAGAAGAAGGAAAAGAAAGAAAAGGGCAGCAAAGAGACUACUAGUAGCGGUAGCAACAGCACCGAACCGAAUAAUUGCUGUUUAGAUAUGGCAGAAAACGAGAGUUCUAUUAGCGAUGUGCAACAGCAACCUUCUAACGGAGAAUCCGCGUCUGCAGAGAUUUUGCCGUCCGAACGAGUAAUGCAAAUGGAAGAAGAUGAGAGAAAGGAGCAAGAGGAGAGGAAACGUUGUAGAGAUCCACCGAUAGUCUUUAAGGAUAUGACAAACAUACAAGCGCAGUAUGAAGGUUUGGUAAAUGCCCUUGAGGGAAAAUUGAACGACGAAGAACGGACAUGUUUGGAUGAAUUACGACUGUAUGUCUUGGAAAAUGAGGGCUCCUGGGCGUUGGGCGAUAAUUUCCUAAACUUUGUAGGUCGAAUUCUUUAUGAUAAGUUAUUGGACAACGACGCACGAGUAAAAUUAUUGAACGUACUGUCUGUUGCUGCAUUGAAGGAUGAUGUGAUUUUAUUAUUACAUCAGGAUAGACGAGAACAUAUCAUUAUGAAUUAUGCUUUUGAUAUCGACCGUCAUUCACAAGAAGAGCAACUCUCACUCGCGCAAUUCUUGGCGAACAUGUUCGAAAAUCUUAGCAGUUCAGAAUGGUUGCUUUAUAUAUCGGAAUGGCAACAUCAAAAUCAGAAUAUCAGUAAUAUAAGGGUGACGACCAAAGUUGCAGUGCAUUCAUUGCUCUCGAAUUCAGAAGAUCUGCAGAUCCGCGGCGCUGCCAUCAUUCACAACCUUGCCUGCAAGGAGAAAAUGAACAAAAGCAAAAAUCUACGGCGACUUUUACCGAAAGGCAGCAUUUCUAAGGUAUUUGACGAUGUUGCUGUGGAGUUAACGAUGGCGUUGCUGCAAUAUUUCAACGGCAGUCCGGCGGAGGAGCAACUUUUCGCGUGCAUGAAGUCGUUAGCGCGUUUCACGCAGAUCAGCGGCCAAGAGGUGCCCCAGCUCAUACAGAUGAUCGGACCCGAGCCGAAUAAGUUCAGGGGAACUUCUCAGAGGAUCGACGAGCAGAUUGAUCAAGUCAACAAGAAACUACGCUGAAAAUUCACUAAAACAUCGGAGGAGAUGCCAUAUUCCAAA